AUGCCAGUGGAUUAUGUGGGGGACGAAUGUCCCCUUGCAAAAGAAGCAUGCGAUGAAGAGGAAAAGUGGCGUUUGUACUUUGUGCCUUACGGUUUUUUGCAUGUGGUUCAUAACCAGCAGUCUAUAGCAAAUGAAUUCUGCCUCCAAGUCAGCCAGCCUACUGCUAGUAGAGCAGUUUCACAUGUUGCUGCUGCUAUUAACAGAAAAUUACUCAGAAAAUGGAUAAAAUUUCCAAAAACUUCAAGCACUUGUCCUGAGCACAUUUUUGUUAAUAGGCAUUGCAGUCACUCUAUAAACGUGCAAAUGAUAUGUGAUGCAAACCAAAAAAUUAUCAGUUGCAAUGCUAAGUUUCCUGGAUCAACACAUGAUGCUUUCAUAUGGAGGACAUCAGCUGUCAGAAGAAUAAUGCAAGAAAUAUCAUCGGCUGAAAAUACUACUUGGCUGUUAGGAGAUAGUGGUUAUCCUCUUGAGGAAGGUUUAUUAACUCCACGACUGGAUUCAUUAGAAAAUUCUCCUGAUCAAAGAUAUAAUGUUGCUUUGUGCAAAACAAGGAAUGUGAUAGAGAGAUGCUUUGGAGUCUUAAAAUCAAGAUUUAGUGUCUGCUAGGAGAAAAAGUUUUGCAUUACAGACCACAAGUAGCAGGAAAAAUAAUAAACGCCUGUGUAGUCCUGCACAACAUGUGCAACGCUCAUGGGCUGCCAGAUCCAGCACUUGUGGAAUGUGAAGAAAUUCCUUCAGAAAUUGAAAGAGGCACUUCACAUGCAAGAGCAAUC